UCAAGUAAUCCACAUUUUCUGCUGAAUUGAUUUCCAGAUGACUACUAUGUCAUCAUCUUUCCUAAAUGACAUCAUUUAAUAGUGACUUCAAUAAAAAUUCCCAUCUCUUGCUGUGUCAUGAAAGGAACUGGGCUCACCUUAAUGCUGUUCUAAAGUGCUUUUUUUUUUUUUUUUUUUGAUCACAGUAGGAGACUGUAAUAAAUUGCAGCCUGAAAGAAGUUUCAAACUGGCAACUUUGCCAGAUAUUUUAAGCAAUUUAUUUUGGGGUGUAUCAGCAGAUUUUUUUUUCUUACACUGCCAUUUGGGUGCCUGCUGACACAGCUUGAACAAAUCUUUAAAACAUUUCCUUCCUAGAGAUGGAUGAAGAUGAUGAAACUCUAACAUCCAGACUUUCCCUUAACUCUUCACUUGCCACAUGGGUCUUUUCUAUUGCCAGGUCUCUAGGAAACUAUAGAAACCACCUUCUGUGUGCUUCACAGUAUUCUGAGCCCCUCAUUACCUUGGUAAUAGCUUAAAGUUUUAUGGACAACUAAUAAAAACAUAAUUCUAGUUUUAGGCAUAGAAUUUUAUGUUUAGAUUAAUUUCAUUGUUAGCAUAUUGAAAAUUGUCAAACUUCCCUGUACUUUCAUAUAAAACAAAGAUUUGAGUUUUUCUUGAUUCUAAUACAUUGAAAGUCUUUUCUAGUUGAUUAGUAAAAUUGUUUUUAAAGCUUUUGAAUUCCUAUGGAAUAUAUAUAAUUUAGUCAGUUAUUCAGAAAUGCUAUAAAAAAUACUGAUUCCUAAAAUAUUUGCUCUGGUGUGAGACUGGAAGAGCAAGAGGAGAGAAAGCUAGAGGCUGAGGAGCUCGCAGAGUGCUUCUGUGUGCUGGCUCCUUCUGUAAACUAAGGUCUGAGACAGAAAGAGGCUCCUUUUACAGAGCCUGAUCAGGUGAAAAGGCACUGCUCAGCCCACUGGAAGGAGCAUGGGAAGGGCUUAAACUUUGUAAAGAAUCAGAGAAUGCCCUUUGGUGGGAAACGCCUUAGAGGAAACAGAUGAUCCUCCUCGAAAACUACCUACAUCUAGAUCUGGUUCCAAAGACAUUAAAAUUUAAUUGGUCCAAUGUGUAGUUUGGGCAUUGGGAUAUUUUAAUCUUCACAAAUUGUACAUACAACUAAGGCUGUUGAACCCUCUAUAUUUAUUUACAAGGGUUAGCAGAUUUUGUCCACAGUGUAGCUCCCUCACACACUAUAAUCUUUCUAGUUCCACCUUGAGGAACCAAGAAAACCAUUAAUAAAUAUUUAACUUACUCUUGUGAGGCCUUUAAAAACUUUGAAGACCAUUCAUAAACUUGGUUCGUUUGCGGUACAGUGCAUAGAGCCGGUUAAGAGGCCACAGUGCAUAGAGCUGCUUAAGAGAGGGUACUUUUCAGUUUAGCAUUCGGAGUGGAGAAAUUUUCUCUGUCCAUUACUCUCUCUUCACCCAGGCUGCCGUCUGCAGCAACCCCCUUACCUAGUAGGCCCAUAAGCUUUGCGGGAUCCGCGUGGGAGCUAGGAGCCCCGGGGCGGAGCGUCGCGGAGGCCCACCCUCCGGACGCUCUAGACCGCCCUGCCCAGGCGCCCCGCCCCGGACGCGGGUGGGGGAGGGCUUGCUGGCAGCGCCGGGCUACCCAGACAGCGGAGUCCCGGGGCUUCGGCGGCUGCCUCGGAACUCCCGGGCGGACCCAGGUCAGCCGCCGGGAACCAGCGUCUCUGGCUCGGGUUUUUCCAACGCCGGUCCAGGAUGCGGAGCUGUUCAUCGUGAGUCGGCUUCAUGACCCUUAGCACUUUGGCCGACGAAAGGAAAGCGCCCCCUGCCAGCACCUGCAGCUUCGGUGGCCCCGACAUGAUCCCCUACUUCUCUGCCAAUGCGGUUAUCUCGCAGAACGCCAUCAACCAGCUCAUCAGCGAGAGCUUUUUAACUGUCAAAGGUGCUGCCCUUUUUCUACCACGAGGGAAUGGCUCGUCUACACCACGAAUCAGCCACAGACGCAACAAGCAUGCAGGAGAUCUCCAACAGCAUCUUCAAGCAAUGUUCAUAUUACUCCGCCCAGAAGACAACAUAAGGCUGGCUGUAAGACUGGAAAGUACUUACCAAAAUCGAACACGCUAUAUGGUAGUGGUUUCAACUAACGGUAGGCAAGACACUGAAGAAAGCAUUGUCCUGGGAAUGGAUUUUUCUUCUAAUGACAGUAGCACUUGUACCAUGGGCUUGGUCCUGCCUCUCUGGAGCGACACCCUAAUUCAUUUGGAUGGUGAUGGUGGGUUCAGCGUGUCAACAGAUAACAGAGUUCACAUAUUCAAGCCUGUAUCUGUGCAAGCAAUGUGGUCUGCACUACAGAGUUUGCACAAAGCUUGUGAAGUGGCCAGGAUGCAUAACUACUAUCCAGGCAGCCUUUUUCUCACUUGGGUGAGUUACUAUGAGAGCCACAUAAACUCAGACCAGUCCUCAGUCAACGAAUGGAAUGCUAUGCAGGAUGUGCAGUCUCAUCGGCCUGACUCUCCAGCCCUCUUCACAGACAUACCAACUGAACGUGAGCGAACAGAAAGGCUUAUUAAGACCAAGUUAAGGGAGAUUAUGAUGCAAAAGGAUUUGGAGAAUAUCACAUCCAAAGAGAUACGCACAGAACUGGAAAUGCAGAUGGUGUGCAACUUGCGGGAGUUUAAGGAGUUCAUAGAUAACGAGAUGAUCGUGAUCCUGGGUCAGAUGGACAGUCCUACCCAGAUAUUUGAGCACGUGUUCCUGGGCUCAGAAUGGAAUGCGUCAAACUUAGAGGACUUACAGAACCGAGGGGUGCGGUAUAUUUUGAAUGUCACUCGAGAGAUAGAUAACUUCUUCCCUGGAGUCUUUGAGUAUCAUAACAUUCGAGUAUAUGAUGAAGAGGCAACAGAUCUCCUGGCUUACUGGAAUGACACUUACAAAUUCAUCUCUAAAGCAAAGAAACAUGGAUCUAAAUGUCUUGUGCACUGCAAAAUGGGGGUGAGUCGCUCAGCCUCCACUGUGAUUGCCUAUGCAAUGAAGGAGUAUGGAUGGAAUCUGGAUCGAGCCUAUGACUACGUGAAGGAACGACGAACAGUGACCAAGCCUAACCCCAGCUUCAUGAGACAACUAGAAGAAUACCAAGGGAUCUUGCUGGCCAGCAAACAGCGGCAUAACAAACUCUGGAGAUCUCAUUCAGAUAGUGACCUCUCAGACCACCACGAACCCAUCUGUAAACCUGGGCUCGAGCUCAACAAGAAGGAGAUGACCACUUCAGCAGACCAGAUCACUGAGGUGAAGACUGUGGAGAGCCUUGCAGCCAUGCCUCCCGUCUUUGUGGAACAUGUGGUCCCACAAGAUGUAAAUCAGAAAGGACUGCGCACCAAAGAAAGAGUCAUCUGCUUGGAGUUUUCUUCACAAGAGUUUCAUGCCGGCCAGAUUGAAGAUGAAUUAAACUUAAAUGACAUUAAUGGAUGCUCGUCAGGGUGUUGUCUCAGCGAAUCAAAAUUCCCUCUUGACAACUGCCAUGCAUCUAAAGCCUUACUCCAACCUGGACAGGCCCCGGACAUUGCCAACAAGUUCCCAGACUUAGCGGUGGAAGACUUGGAGACAGAUGCACUGAAAGCAGACAUGAGCGUCCACUUACUGCCAAUGGAAGAGUUGACAUCGAGACUGAAAGACCUCCCUAUGUCACCUGAUCUGGAGUCACCAAGCCCCCAAGCCGGUUGCCAAGCUGCCAUCUCUGAUUUUAGUACAGAUCGCAUUGAUUUUUUUAGUGCCCUAGAGAAAUUUGUAGAGCUUUCUCAGGAAACCCGGUCUCGGUCUUUUUCUCACUCAAGGAUAGAAGAGUUAGGAGGAGGAAAGAGCGAGGGCUGUCGCCUGUCGGUGAUGGAAGUAGCACCUUCAGAAAUGGUGACUGAUGACCAGAGAAGCAGCUCUUUGAGUAAUACUCCCCACGCAUCUGAAGAGUCUUCUGUGGAUGAGGACCAGCCGAAGGCAGUCUCAGAACUUGUCAGCCCAGACAUCAUCAUGCAAUCUCACUCAGAAAAUGCAAUUUCAGUCAAAGAAAUUGUCACUGAAAUUGAGUCCAUUAGUCAAGGAGUUGGGCAGGUUCAGUUAAAAGGAGACAUCCUCUCUAACCCAUGCCAUACACCAAAGAAGAACACCAUUCAUGAGCUGCCCCUGGAGAGAGUACAAGGCCCUGAGAACAAACCUGGACAUUUGGAGCAGGAUGAGAGUUUCUGUAGUGUCCAACCAGAACUAGCCAGAGACUCGGGGAAGUGUGCCCCAGAGGAGGGCUGUCUGCCCACACUCUCAUCCACAGUAGACUUGGAAGAAGAGGAACCAGUUGAGGGCGAACAUGACUGGGGCCCAGGGACGCACCCUGGUGCCAAGUGGUGCCCUGGGUCUGUGAGGCGAGCCACCCUGGAGUUUGAAGAGCGCUUGCGACAAGAGCAGGAGAACCAUGGGACAGCCUCUCCAGGUCCCACGUUAUCCAAUCGCAAAAACUCUAAGAAUGACACUUCUGUGGCAGACCUAAUGCCAAAAUGGAAAAGCGAUGAAACCGCCCCAGAGCAUUCAUUUUCCCUCAAGGAAGCCGAGCCAAGCAAGGGUAAAGGGAAGUGCAGUGGUUCUGAGGCCGGACCCCUGUCCCACUGUGAGCAUAAUCCCGCUGCUGCAGCCCCCCAGCUGCUGGAGCAUCACCCCUCGCCAGCUCCUCAGGACGGCCUGGGGUCAGAGAGAAGUAAGAAGCAGGAGGAAGACCUGAGGAAGCAGAGGACUGUGGUUUCAAACCAGGAAUGUGAGACACAGGCCGCCCUUCUUCCCCUCCCCAAGAAAAUAGAAAUCAUUGAGUAUACACCAACAGUUACGUCACUUGAUCACACUGAGCCAGGAGGUGAGACAGCACCCAGCAAAGAGAGUGCGAAGCAAGAGCUGAGGAAGGUGAAGAUGGAGAGGUCUAUCACUAUGUUUUGCGCUCUGGAUGAAAAUCUGAACAGGACUCUGGACCCCAGUCAGGUUUCUCUGCGUCCCCAAGUGCUACCUCUGCCUCAUUCUUCCUCUGAGUAUGACAGGCUCAUUGACCCAACCCCUAUGUUAAGUAGCCCUCAAGACAAAGGGGACAGCCCAUCCACACCCUUCAAGACACCAGCGCGUUUGGUCGGUUGCAGUACCCAAGGAGCAUCUGUCAGCUUGGAUUGUUUGCAUCGCCAUUCUGUGCUUCACCUGGAAGGCUGCACAGAGCAAAGCAGUACCACAGACAGCAGACUGUCUUCAGAGCACGUUAACUGGGAGGACAGCCAGGGGGACUUCCUUUCCAGUAGUACUGGAAUGGCACACAUGUCCUCUCCAUUAACAAAUGAAGACCUAAGUUUAAUUAACAAACUUGGUGACAGUGUUGGCGUGUUACCGAAAAAACUGGAUCCAUCACCGGAAGCCUGUCGAAUCCCACAUAGCUCUAGUAGUGAAAAUAUAAGAGAUCUCAGCCACGGCCCUGGUGUGGUGAAGGAGCAUGCUAAAGAAAUUGAGUCUCGAGUCAUCUUCCAGGCAGCGUUCUCCAAAACGUCACAAAUGAGGCGCUCAGUUUCGCUGGCCAAGUUGGGUUACCUGGACCUUUGUAAAGACUACUUACCGGAUAGAGAGCUUGGCUCCUCAGAAUCCCCUCAUCUCAAAUUGCUUCAGCCCUUCCUCAGAACAGACUCAGGCAUGCAUGCCUUGAUGGUCCAUGAGCCCUCAGAAAGCCCAGGUGCCCACCCGAACCCACAGCCCACCAAGUAUUUUGUAGAGCAACUCAAAACAACAGAGUGUGUUGUGCAGAGCAAGCCAGUGGAGAGGCCCCAUGUGCAGUAUGCCAAAGAGUUUGGUUACAGUCAGCAGUGUUUGCUCCCCAAGGCAAGACCAGAAUUGACUAGUUCUGAAGGAGGCCUUCCUUUGCUACAGACACAGGGUCUGCAGUAUCCAGGCCCCUCUCCAGGGCUGGCUGUGGCACCCCGUCAGCAGCAUGGCAGAACUCACCCCCUUAGGAGACUAAAAAGAGCAAAUGAUAAAAAACGGACAACCAACCCCUUCUAUAACACCAUGUGAUCCUGAGCCCAUACACGUGAUUUUCUAAGAAAAUGUUUGUUAAAGGGGCGGUGUAAUAUGUAAGGAACAUGCACUUUAUUGGUUAAUUUUAUAAUAUUUUUGGUCAUUUUACUGUUCCUGGCUCAUGCAGGGUUUGGGUUUUUCCAUGUGUGUGCGUGCAUGUAUGUGUGCGUGUGUGUACAUGUACUGAUUUGGAUGACAAGAUCAUUUUAUCAUUUUUUUAUUUUUAAAAAAUUCAAACCUCAAAAAAAUUUUUUUCAAAGAGCACCUUUAUCAAAGGCAAAUUGCUGUUUUUCAGUCUACUGCCACCUGUCUCUUCUCAUUUUGCCCUCUGAGAAAAGACACGCCUGCUUGGUUGAGGGAAAGAAACAGAUGGGGUGGGUGGCACAGAAGCUGGGAACUGGAAAUCUCACCCAGGCCUGAGGAGACCUGUUUGCUGAAGGGCAGAGGGAUGUGGCUGCUCUCAGCCUCACUCCGCCCUCCUCCGCUGGAGUACAUGAAGUUGCAGGCUCUGCUCUGCUUUCAGAGGCAGUUGAGACUCCGUUUCUUCUGAUAUUCCAAAAUGCAUCAAUCAUUACAGAAAAGGGAGUGAUAAUUGGCCUACUGACAGAAACUACGAAGCAAAAUAUUUUAAGUUUCCCCAAGAAAACAAUCUGAAAGUCAAAGGGAACCCUAAUCGAAAUUCAAGGUCAUCUGUAGAGAAAUAUAUUAAGAGAGAAGGUAGGGUCAAAGGUGGAAACACAGCCCCUGAGUCACUGUGGGGCCAGUGGAAUCCACGCAGGUGAGUCCUGGCCCCAUCCGCCGGGUCUCCGCCUGCCCAGUGACAGGCUCUGCCUCCGCCUCCCAACUAAAGACCUGGAAACAGGCUUUAAAGACAGCAAAGUCGGCUGUGCUUGUAAAGUGAGUGCAUGCUGUGGGCUUUAACCCUGUUACUUGAAUAUUCUGUGGGCCUUCUGAGUUUAAUGGUCGUGGUUUUCCAAUUGAUUUCUUCUCUCUUGCUGUUUCCCCAUCCUUCCCUUAGUUCCACAAGUUAUAUUUUAAUUGUUACAUUACAUACAUAGAACCUAUUGAACACAAAUUUUUCUGUUAUCCCUGUUAACACUUGACGCAAGUUUUUUCCCCUAAUUUUUCCUAGAUUUGUCUUUUCUCUACAGUUCAUACACAGUAUUUAUGUACAUAAUGUCACUUUUUUAAUGUUUCAUGAUUGAUAUUGUGGGUCUUUUGAUUUAUUCUUGUUAAGGAGUAGAGUUGCAACUGGAAAAGAGAGAAACACCAGAAAUAAACUGGUAGUUUUGGGUAGAAAUCUUUAUUUGUUUUAAAUAAAAACUUGUCAUAGCCAGCUCCUGCCAAAUUAAGUACUUCCUCUUGAGAAGAACCCCCUGCAGGCUCCCACUAGAUCACACUGAACACUGGCUUCUGUCUGAGGCUGAAGUCCCAGGUCAUUGUUUGCCAGUACUUGAAGCACAGCUAGAUAUGUGUCUUCGAUGCCUAGACUAGAAGCUCCCAAAGUGAGGCUGAGAGGCUGGGGCGGCUCAGCGCUCGGCCAAGGGCACAGAUUCCAUUUAGGAUACCGUUGCUUUGUUGCUGUCCUGCCGCUCUUUAACGCUGGACUGCCUGCUGGAGACGUGCCCCUGAGCAUAGUACAGAAAACAUCUGGAGGUACCCACAGCUCAACAGAACUGAAGAGGGCUACAGACUUGCCUCCUGCUUGCUUUUGUUGAUAUCCACAUUGCUGAGGAUUGUCUGGGUAGGAGCCAGGGACUUAGGUUUUUAAUUCAUCAUAGCCCUAAUUGGAAAAAGACACACAGAUUAUCUUUAGAGACAGAAUUUGGAGGGAGCAGGUAGUAGGAUACAGGAAAGGUAGACUGCCUCCAUUUUCAAGUGCUCCAGAGCUGGGAGUCUACUUGGCAUACAAAGCCAUGGUUGGUUCUGACAUUACUGCCAGGAAGCAAUUAGCGACCACCUGCUGAUAACGUGUGGUGUAGAAGUCAUAUAGAUUUGUGCUGUCUUUCCUAGUCCCUUUAAAUGUCACAGCUUUGUGAAGAGUCCCAGAUAUUUGUGUGCUGUCUCAUUAGGUGGGAUGUAUCAGUGCGAGGGAGGCUUGGGAGGCAAGAUGGUGGAUUCCAGGACCCAUCUGCUACCAGUAUAAUGGGAGGACAAGAAAUUAUGAUAGGGUGAGGAGUGUUUACAUCAAGGUAGAGAGAGUGCAUCACCCAAAAAAUAAUAAUAAAGGCUGGGUGUAGUGGCUCAUAUCUGUAACCCUAGCACUUGGGAGGCUGAGGCAGGAGGAUUACUAUGAACUGGAUGCCAACUUGAGGUACAGAGUGAGACCCUGUCUCAGAAACAGUAACACCAAUAUGCUACACAUUAUCAGCAAUGGACGCUGCUCUCUCAUCUCCCAGUAUAGAAUGGCUUCACUGUGUCUCUCACAGCAGAGACUGAAAAAAUGCCCAAUGAGGGCACUAGGGGGCAGAGGGACAGACAGACAGACAACAACACCUGUUUUUGUUUUCAAGGUUUAAAGAAUGAAAGAAACCAUCUUCUGCUGUCUUCUUAAUUGUAUUCCUUAUCAUUGAACUCACCUGCCUAGGUAUCUUCCACACAGAGUCUAUGAUUCAGCCAUGCCAAAGGGUCUUGCCAGCCCUCCAAACCCCAACACUUGGGUUGCUCCUAAGUCAUGUUUAUGGUUAAGGCAGAUGCGUAGUAAGCUGUUGAAGACUUGACUUUAGCAUUUGAUCAUUUCAGUUUGUCUCUCUCUUUUUUCUGUUCAUGGAAAGCCUGGGCCUGACUCUGACAAACUGCUGAGCAGGACAAACCUUGACCUCCUGACUUCUUGCUCAAUGCCUCUGUCUCUCUCUCUGCUGUUUUUAGACCACUGUAGUCUCAUCAGUAGGUCUGGAAAAGUGUGUAAGCACACAUGUGAGCACUUGGGGGAGCUGACAUUUCAGUGUCUGGGCUAACAGCCCCAGGAGCAGGCAGGGUUGAAGCGGUAGCCUGACUAUAUUGAGCUAUUUCUGAGUAUAGGGAGAGACCCCCAGCCCUUUGUUGUUUUUGGAAAGAGCAGCAGUGGGUGGUGUGGACACAGUACAGUUGGGAAGACCUCAUCUCAGUUUGGUUGCCCCUUGCUCGUUUUAACACGUGUUCCUGUCCUGUACUCCUGCCCCUUCAGCAUCUCUAGUGUUUUUCCCACUGUACCUUCAUCUCUGCUGCUAUUUCCUUCCUUCUCAUUCUGGGAACUAUAAAAGCUCCAGGGACAGCCUGGGGACACGUCCCAGGCUCCAAGGCCUCCUGCUCCUGAGCCCAGACACUUCCUCUGACACAGUGGCUCACAGGACUCUGCACUUGAGGGUCUUUCAGUAAAGAUGUUCUGUGAGAGUUGGGUUUUUUAUUUUCUAAGAAAGCAUUAUGCAAAAAGUUUUAAGGGCAUUUUAAAGAAAAGCCAUUUUUAUUGGCUUUUUCAAACAACUAUCUGUGGAUACUUUGUUUACUUUGUGAGUAUUAAAAUAUGCAUCAUCGUGGUGGCCUCGGGCACUGAAGCCAUGGCUGUCCUAUGAGUCCUCCCCCAGAGAAAAUGCCAUACUCUUGUCAGCCCUUGUGGAUAAGUGGGUCAGAUGUGGAGCUGCUCUCCAUCUGUGUCCUGUACUGGAGUCCAGCAGUCUUUUCUCAGUGCUGGUGUGUCUCCAUAGUGAUGGUUGUGAUGGUGAAUGGGUAGUAUGGUUGUUUGGUUUUUGCUUUUUAAUGGUAGACAAGGUGACAUUCCGUUGUUUCAGCACCAGUCCAACUUAAAAAAAGAUCAUAGACUUCGUUAUCCCUUCCAAAAGAUGAAGCAUGUAUUGGACCUAAGUACACGUGUCGCCUCGACUCAUCUGGCACCCGUAUCAGGAAAAGGCCUUCCAGCAAAGCAGGAAGCUGCACCCUCCUCUCCCCAGGGCUCGGGACCUCUUGAUGCCAUGAAGAGCUACUGCAAGGUGCUUCUGUACUGCUUCAGCCUGGAGCAGAGGUGACUAGGCCUGGCUUCAGCUGUGAAGAGAACCAGCCUCAUCUCAGUGCCCCAGAGAUCUAGGACGGGAUUUCUAAACUGGAAUCACCCCUUAUCAGCUUGAAGAGCCCCACCCCCACCCCAGGACUCGGGCUGGUGCUGCCUUCUGUCUUCACAUGGAUGCCAGUGACAGUGGCGGCAUCCUGCCCACAGAGAGCAAAUGCCCCAAAUGAAAAGCUAAGGAACUGACGUGGUGUUCCCUAGUCAGUAGCCCACUAGGAAUUGAUGGGUUGGGUUUGGUUUGACUGUAAUUUGCUUGGCAUAGCUAAAGGUGCCUUCCCCUCCCCCAACCCCCUCUGAACUUUGCUUUGUAAGACUUGCUUGAAACCCAAACAAGUCCAAAAGACUCGCACUGACUGUUACCUUCGACCAGGCUAUCCCAAACUUCUCUAUGCUCUCGUUUUAUUAACAGCAGGUGCUCCCUGGAAUCUCUGGGACCUUUCUGAGGCAUUUGAAGCAGAACAUGAGUGGUCUCAUCUCCUUCCUUAAUCCUGGUGGUUGGGAUGUCCCACUUGUAUCAUAGUUGUUUUUAUUAGUACUGAUGUGCUCCGCUGUUUUUAAAUGUGAACUUGUGCGCAGAUGUGCAGAUUCAAUGUUCUUGUUACAGAUUGAAUAAAUUUUUAUUUUGAAGACAAAA